AUGUUCUGGGCGAAAGAAGAAGAGGAAAACUCGCUGAUGCGAUUGCUGAAGACCGACAACUUCACGUUGGAAGAUGUCCUGCUCAACGAGUUCGUUGUGCAGGAAUCUCGAUAUGGAAAAGCUGAAUUGGUUCAAUACAUCACAAGCAGGGAAAACAUGAAGGCGUUAUUAGAGCUCAGUCUGAACCCCAAAAUCAACACCGAUCUGCCGAUGAAACAACAAUACAGGCUUUCUUUCAUAGCCUCGGAAAUUCUCACGAUUCGAGGAACUGAUGUGUUUCAAAAACAGAUUGUCACAACGGAAGAAACAAGGAAAUGCCUGGUCGAUUUUUUGAACGACAAAACUCCAUUGAACCAUCUCGUUGCCGGAUUCUUCGCAAAAAUCAUGGAAUGCCUUUUGUCAAGGCAUUUCGACUUGACGUUCAGUCUUCUCCAAGAAACCAAGUUUUUCGACAAAUGCCUCCGAAACAUCAAUCUCGGAGCAAUCGAGUGUCUUCUCGAGAAUCUGGUGCGAAUUCCAACCACAAGUGAGGGAACGAGAAUUGUGAAGGAGUGGAUGAUAUCUGAAAAUUUAUUCGAGAAGAUUGUCGAUCGGAUGCGGGAAUCAGAGACAGACGAUGAAAAGGAGUGUCUUGCUGAGGUUUAUUGCGAAAUUCUGCGAGAGUUGAGGGAUAAGCUGUACAUUAUGGAGAGCAAGGUCGAUGAGUUGCACGCAAAAUCAAUGGAUGAGACGUUGAUUGCUAAAAUUGCAGAUAAUCUGAUUGUUGAGGAAGGUUGUCCCGCCGAGGAGCUCGUCAAAAAGUCCGCCCUUAUUAGUGCAUCAGCUAAAAUCUUGGAGGCUUUCAUCAAGACAAACUUUGUUUCAAAUGCACCUGCCCAGCAGCUUGAGGAAAUAGAACGAAAUUUGAUUGAGGAACGACACUAUUCCUAUGGAUUAAUGCGGCCGUGCAUGGACAACGAUCCGUACGAGCAUUCCUAUCAACCGGAUCCCGAAAGAAUCGUCGAGGGGAUUCUCGCGAAUCGGCUGCCCAACAUUCUUCAGACAGUCCUGCGAGAUAUCGAAGCGAAUGGUUCAGUUUGGCAACCACUUCUGCGAUUGAUUAUCGAAUUGUGCAAUACCAAUUGUAUGUCAACGCAUGAGAAGAUUGCAGUCGCUUUCAGAAGUCUUCCCUUCAUUAAUUUAAUCAAAGCUGCAAAGAUGCUGCCUCGUGCCAGUGUUCUCCACUGCCUCCUCGUAAAAGUUGUCAUCCUACUUCUACACUCCAGCUUCCCAUGUGAUGAGCUGUCUCCAGCUGCAGAAUAUUUGCUCACAGAAGGAGGACUAAUUCAGAACAUAUACGAUACAGCGACCUCUCCAAAUCCUGGAUCCUCGGUAGCUUGCAGUGGUCUCCGAUCGUUCAAUCAAAACCUUGGAGAUGCUAUCAACCGUGCGAAGAAGGCAGGAAUUCCCAAUCAGAAGUUGCUUGCUAUUUUGAGUGCAGACAACACAUGGACAGAACUCGAAGAUAUCAUUCAUCUUUACAACUUGAAACAUCGCCCUCAGAUGCAACACGAUUUUAAUGAUUCCAGUGUGGUCUCAUCGAUUCGAAACGACAGUCACGGUUUCAACGAUAGUGAAGAGUGGACUGAUGCUUCUACGAAAUUCGCCGAAAUGGAUGCAACAUCAUCUGCUAAGCAAGCGUUUUCUGGUUUUAGCUCGCCAUUCGAACCAAAUAUGCAGCGAUUUUCCGACUUUGAAGGUCAAUUUGACGACACGCCGGACGAGGAUGAGUUCAGAAAGUUGUGCUCAGAGCGAGCCAACUCCUCGUCGUGCGCUGGAAUAAGUUUCGAGACGAGCCCAAUCAAAUGGCCUGGAGAGGCAGAAAAGACAUCAGAGAAGGCGUCGGAACCACCGAGUGUCGUUGCCAGUACGUAUCCACAACAGACAAACGGGAAUCAGGCUUUUCUAGAACAGGAAGAAGGAGACGGGGAGUGGGUGUGGCCAACUGUGCCACCACUCGGGGAAACCGAAGUUGUCACUCAGACUGGACAUCGUCCGGAAAAUAACUGGGUUGACGAGACGGCACCUGACUUUUCACAUUUAGACAUGGCACCCCCAAAGGAAGACGAUAUGUGGGCCGAUUUCUCCUCGUUCCCAACCAUCAGUCCGACUGCAGCUGCAAACUCGGCGUCGUCCAGUAGCUCCGAUGCGUGGCCUGGAUCAGACAUUCAUCUUCAAGGGGAAGCGUCGGAUUGGCCGUUGAACAACUCGCACGAAUCGAAAGCAUCCGACCCGGUAAUGGUUGGACUUGCUGCGAGUAUAUCCCAUCCUGGAGACAGCAGCGAGGCUUGAAGCCCUUGCAACUCGUGUCAUCCCCAAUUCGUUUCACAUCCCAAUUAUUUUCUACAUUUUUCUGUUUAUAGUCUUGUAUGCAAUUCACUUCGAACUUCCCCCUCAUUUUCAACCAGAAUUCCAAAAUUUUUCUGUGUGUGUGUGUUUCUUGCAAAUUUCACUUAUUAAUUUAUCAAUCUCGAUUUUGCGGUUCUUUCCCAUUCUCCAUUCGUUGUUCAUGUUUCCCCAUAUUCCCACCGACUUUAAAACCGUUGCAUCCGAUGCACUUAGAAUUUUGUUUCCGAAUUUUCCGUGGCUUCUCAUCUUUGCUGGUUUCUUCUAAAGAACAUUAUCUUAUCAUUUAAAAAAAGUGAGCGCCCCCAGUGAUAAGAAGCACGGCUUAUUUGUUACUUCUUCUAAUACAUAAUAUAUGAUUCUCGGGCAACUUUUAAUUUGGUCCAAUCUUUUCCCCCUCUACUCUUUUUCUUGUUUAGGUGGUUAUUGAAAUUCAAUUAUUCUGAUUUCACCUUCAUUGAUUGUUUAUCUCGUGUUAGUGAGUAUCAGAUUUUCCAUUCCAUCCUAUUUCACAAUUCGUUGCAUUCAAUAAUAACUUCCCACUAUUUCUUGUAUUUCUUCCUCUUUCAUGAGUUUAUAAAUUCUUUUUAA